CCGGGGAUUUUCCUUUUGAAGCGGGUGCAUGUGUGUGCCAAGGAUUGCGUUGUCAUUGUAUCCGGAGAGAAACGCGUGGUCAGCGGCACCACCGACAGCUCCACUGCAGCCUAACUGGUACAUGGUGGUGUGUAAAGUCAGACUUUAAGCCAGACAUGGAUACUGAAAAGAGCGGCGAGGUUUUAGAUGCGUCAGACGCUCCACAGCCAGAGGAGACUGUAAUGGAAAAAGAGGUUGUGUCAAAAAUGGAGACACCAGAGGAAUCCACAGAGCCUGAGAAGCCACCAGCUGCUGAUGAAGAGACUAAGCAGAUGGCAGUGAACGGUCACGAUACAGACGUCAUAAACUUGAAAGAAACAGAAGAGUUGAUUGUGACAGAAACUGUUACACUGGCUGAAGAAAAAACAGAAAUAAAGAUUGAGGACAGCUUGCCUGCAGGAAAAUCUGAAAUGGAGUCUGUGUCUGAUGCGGUGGCACCACCAGAACCAGAUGAGUCAUCUGAAAAGAUCUCUGACCCAGUUGCAGCUUUAGACACAGAACCAAAAAACAUCCAGCCUGUGCCAGAGAAUGCCCCAGAACCUUUGCCUGUGCAAACACCUCUGCCAGAGAGUGCCCCUGAACCAGAGCCAGAGAAAUUGGCAGAAUUGGUUCCAGAGGCUGAACCACAAGAGCAAACAUUACCUGAACCAGCAGCGCUGCAGCAACCAGUGGAUGCACAACCACCAAGCCAAGAAGAGAAGGCGCCGGAACAAGUGAAAACGGAGACUACAGAUUUGAAGACUACAAUGGAUACUGGGGCAGAAGAGGUUGUCAAAGAGGGGGUGGCAGAAAGUAAUGUCGCAGCCGGGCCUACAAAGGAGGGGGGAGAAGAAAAACCAGCAGGAACUGUGUCGGUGGCAGAGGUUUCCCCAGAAAAGCCGACAGGAGCUGUGACUUUAAAAGAGGAGGCGUCAGCUGAAAUCGAAAAUGUGAAACCUGCAGAGGACAAGAAAGAAGCUGAACCAGAAAAAUCAGCUGAGUCCGAUACUCCGAAGGGAGCUGAGGCAGCACCAGAAGCUGAAAAGAACGAUGCAGAGCUUCAAAAGGAAGAGGAUACAGUCCCUGCGUCCGGCUCCCUGUCCUUUGCCUUCCUGGAAAGAGAACAGACCAAAGAUGCCCUGCGGACCUCGCGUACCCUUCUGGUCCUCAGAGGCCUUCCAGGAAGCGGUAAAAGCUUCUUGGCACGUGCCAUAGCUGAUGCCUACAAAGACCACUGCUCUGUCAUCUGUGCUGAUGACCAUGGCGUGAAGCCAGAGAGUCCAGAAUCAUCUGUGGACGGGUACAAGGCUCUGGAUGAGGCUGUGUUGGCCGGCUGCAGUGCAGGAGCAGCCUCCCCUCUGCUGAUGGUGGUGGAUGACACCAACCACACCCAGGAUCGGCUGGCCCGCCUGGGGGAGAUUGCCGAAGAGCACCAUCUCGUUGCGGUCUUUUUGGAGCCACGCACUGAAUGGAGCAGAGAUGUAGCGCAGCUGACCAAGAAGACCAAGCGCGGACUAGAGGAGGCCCAACUGGAAGCCAUGAGAGGUCCACUUGAGGAAAUGUCCCUUCCUCUUUUCUAUGGCUGGUUUCUUCUCUCCUCGGUCCAGGACAAGGUUAGGUGCACCUCAAUGGACUUCCUGAAAACGCUGGACACCUUGGAGGCCUUCAAGAAACACUUGAUUGACUUCACAGGCAAAGCUGAGAAGGAGGUGGAUUUGGAGCAGUACUUUCAAGCCAAAGGGACCCUUCAUUGCACUACAAAAUUCUGCGACUAUGGAAAAGCAGAGGGUGCCAAAGAGUAUGCACAGAAUCCAGCUGUCAAAGAUUUCUAUGGUUCUGUGUUCGAGCUGUCACUGAGCGCUCUCUUUGUCACUCCUCGCACUGUUGGUGCCAGAGUGUCCCUCACAGAGGAGCAGCUUUUGCUGUGGCCAGCUGAUGCCGAAAAGGAGGUAGAGUCUGCUGCCUCCCUGCCCCUGGGGAGCCGCGCCCACGUUACUCUAGGAUGCGCAGAGGGUGUUGAGCCAGUUCAAACAGGUCUAGAUCUGCUCGAAAUCCUGGCCCUGCAGCAGGAAGGCCAGCAGGGGGAGCUCGUCGAGGAGAUGGAGCUCGGCUCGCUGACCUACUACGGCGAAGGAAAGUGGCUGCUUAGUCUCAGAGAGCCCAUCUGCUCCCCAGCCUGCUUCUCCAGCUUCUACGGGUGCAAGGAGCUCGAGCAGACCAAAAAAGAACCUGAGAAGAAAAAGAAGCAAAAGUGCACCAUACUGUAAAUGGCAAUGGGAAUGUGUGGCUGGGAUGACUGGUGAAUUAAAACUUAGGCUUACUCUGUGCAAGGUUUGUGUGUUUGUGCAG